AGGGGGCGGAGCCGAAGUGGGAGCUCACGAAGCAGAAGAGAUGGAGGGCUUCGUGUCGAACGUUGAGGUCUGCAACCUGGCCUAUAACGGAAAGUUGGAGCAACUGAAGGAAAAAGUCCUAUCCGACAAAUCCCAGGCCAUCAAAAUUGACCAGGACAACCGGACUGCAUUACAUUGGGCAUGCUCAGCAGGAUACACCGACAUCGUUAACUUCCUGCUCAGUUUCGGAGUGCCAGUGAAUGAUAAAGAUGAUGCUGGUUGGUCCCCUCUUCAUAUUGCUGCCUCUGCUGGCCGGGAUGAGAUUGUGAAGGCUCUUCUGGGGAAAGGAGCUCAAGUAAAUUCUGUCAAUCAGAAUGGCUGUACUCCACUGCAUUAUGCAGCAUCCAAAAAUAAGCAUGAGAUUGCUAUCAUGUUAUUAGAAGCAGGUGCUAAUCCAGAUGCUACCGACCACUUGGAGUCCACUCCACUGCAUAGAGCCUCAGCCAAGGGUAAUCUGAAGAUGAUCCAAGUCCUUCUGCAAUACAAGGCCUCCACAAAUAUCCAAGACUCUCAAGGGAACACUCCAUUACACUUAGCUUGUGAUGAGGAAAGGAUUGAAGAAGCAAAACUACUGGUGUCUCGAGGAGCGAGUAUCUUCAUUGAAAACAAAGAAAAAAAGAGUCCUUUGCAGGUAGCAAAAGGUGGCCUUGGUGCUGUGCUGAAAAGAAUGGUGGAAGACUAGCUUGGCCUAGCGCUUUAUAUGAUCUGCUUCACGGAUGGUUUCUCUGGCCAUUGUUAUUAUUGGUGUGUGUUUUUUUUUUUUUUUUUGAAACUGAUAAGCUAAGUGCACAAGAUCACAUUGUUAUUGUUAAUGGUUUAGGAAAUAAAGGUUUUACUGUUUCAGGA